ACUUCAAAUCUUAACAGAAGCAACAACAAGCACCGAACAUCUCGUGCUUGACAUUUCCAUCAUUUACAAUUCAAAAUCUAAAUUUUCAAGUAUAAUUUUCCUAAAUUUCGAACAAACUCAUGCUGCGAAUAGAAUAAUGCAUUAUUGAUCAGGCGGAGGAGGACAAACGGGCACGACAGCUGCAGCCGGGAUCUAAAUUCGUUAAAGCAAAUCAAUGAUCUAGCCUCUGGUACCGAUGAUUAAUUUACCCUAUAACGCGGCCUCGAUGUCACAGGUCACGCCCUGUCAGAACGUACCCGUGCAGACGAGUCAGUAUAAUUUUCCAACAUGUCAACAACGGCAAACCAGCACUCAGCAGAUGCAAACUGCAGCAUGCGGUCCGUGCUCCGGAACUUCUCAAGGAGGACCCUUUACCCCUCACGUUUGUCCGCCGGGUGCUUACAUAGUGACACAUCAAUGCACACCGGCCAAUGUACCACAGCCAAUAACGAAUCCAUGUCAUCCAGUCUUUCAGAGUCUACCGCCGACUCAUCCCGGCUGCGGCCAGCUGCCGCAGAAUAUUUUGGAGCAGAUUCGUGCGUGCGUUAGCAAUCCCGCGCCCAUCUUCAUCCUCCCUGGCAACUGCCAACCAUCGCUGGCAUCCCAACAACAACAGCAGCAGCCGUCCGUGCCUCCUUUGGCACCUCAAAUCGUGUCCUCGCCUCCAGCGGCAUUUCCACCGGGUGGAUUAACUUACCCCGCCGCCUGUUAUCCGCCACCGCCGCCGCCACCGCCGCCGUUUUACCCCUAUCCCAUGCCUCUGCCCGCGUUCUGCGAUCCGUUUAUUCGCACCCGUGAGACCAUGUCGAAUUGCGGAUGCUGCCGGAAAGGGGACAUUGAGUCGACGGAGAUCAGAAACAUUUUACGGGCCGGCUGCCGUUACGACGCUACCGAUCUGGAUGAUCAUCGUUGCACGCCCACCGUCGAUGAUGCUAUCUGCUCGAAAAGGAACUGUCCGUCCUCGCUACAUCUGCAAGCUCUCGCAUCUCAAUUUCUGUCGAUGCAAGGUAUCAUACCGUGCGCUGCCACACGACUGGUGCUACGUAAAGUGCCGGGCUCGAAUGUAACCACCACCAUGGAGGACACGAUGGGGAGGGCGCAAAAGGCGAUAAGCGCCCUAACGAAGGAUCAACUGUUAUCGGAAUCGAGGAACGCGCAGCAAGUAAAUGCACUGAUUAACCUGCAUAUGACGGCCAAUCCACCACCUAAUAUCAUCCCGAUCCUCACUCUGGUGCAGCUGAAGAUGAACCUGCUGAAGGCACAGGUCGAGGGGCUCAUCAAUCAGAAGAUAAUGGAGAUUCAAGGAGUUGGUGUGGAGGUGGCGACUGAUCUCAUAGAUCCCACGAUUCUCGCCCUGAAAUCUGACGCUGAGCUGCGGGACUUCCUGUCGGUGCUGCGACAGAAAGAAUGCGACGAGCGAGUGAAUGUAAAUUUUGCACCGUACCGGUCGCAGCGCGCGAUCGCGGAGACUCGGCUGAGCAACGUUCAGAAUAAGAUUCGUCAAGUCGAGGCAGAGUUCGAUCGCAGGCGAUGCGCGAUGCUGCCCGCGCCGACAUUGUCGUCGCGCGUUGUGCAACAAUUCUCUAGACCGUGUUAUUCAGCGAGAUUCGAGGAUCCCAGAAGGUUGUACAGCACGUUGCCGCCGGACAUUCCUCGUUCGCCAGACCCGUUCACCUACGUGAAACCGCGAAGUCCCAAGAGGCUGCUGCUGAAGCCAUGUACGGGUAAACCUGCUACGCGACCCGCGGUUGCCGUUCCAGCAGCCGGCACGCGCAGCAAUCCUCCCAAAAAUCCGCACGACGGUAGCGAUGCCGACCGCGCGAAGGAACAACGUCCUGCGACCUCCGAGAGUCCCGAGCGGAAGCGUUCCAGCACGGAGAAUUGCGCGUGUUGCGACAGGACAUCGUCGGAAGAGAGCAUUGGCGAGGCUAAAAAAAAACUUCGACCAAGGAUCGUCGAAAUAGACGCGACGACGAUCAGUAAUGUCGACGAAUUAGAACAUGAGGCGUCGUCCUUGUUGAAGCUAUCGUCGAAUGUCUGCGUGAGAAUCGAUGCGGAGGCAAAUACGCAAAAAUACGGGAAAAGAAACGAAAUAUCGAUCAAUAGAGUUCCAUGCGGCGCGAAAUGUUGGACAGCCGAGGCGUACGUCAACGUCGCCGACGACGAAUCGGUGAAGACUUUAACGGAAUCUGAGAGCGAUAUAGUUACGUUCAGCGAGACGAUCGAUGCGGCAGACGUUUGCGAAGUACGAGAUGUAAUUGAGAUUCGAAGCUGCGAUCAGAUAGUGGAUCGGCAGGAAUUUGGAAGUUCGUCAAAUCUACAGCUAUUUGAAAAACAAGCUGAAGAUGCAAUUACAAUUUCGAAAAGAGACAAAAUAAUUGAAGAACGUAAUGUUGAAAUUAAAAGUUCAGGAGAGGUUUUGCCACCGGAAGUUGAUCAAGAAGAUGUGAGAGCCACAACUACUGCGGAAGUUGCAAAUAAAGAUCCAAUUUCGAGUGUGCAGGAAACGGAACAAAAGUCAUUGGACGGUAUAUGUACCUCAUCAUUAAAAAUUAUAUUAGAACCGAACAAAGAAAAACGCGAGAAUAAAAAGGAAGAUAAAAAGGAAGGUGAAAUUUUGCCAUCGUCCGCGGAUGCGACGAUAGAACAAAAUAUAAGUCAAGUACCAAUGAGCAAAACCAAGAAGAAAAUAAGAUUUCACAUUGUCUCGUUGAUGACAAAUAUUGCAUAUGAUAAAAGCCGUAGAUAUGGAGAAAAGCAAAAAAUCGAGGAGGAAAUAGCAACGAGUGAAAGAAAAAUAACCACCGAGUCGGAUAUUGAAAAAUUAAAUUCGAUAGAAAGUCUUCUAAAAAGUGCCGUCACGCACAAUAUUACCGGAAAAGAUCACUCGGAGAAUAUAUUUCCAAAGAGAUUGGAUCUUCCAAAGCUUUGCUUCGAUCAUCAAUGCCAAGCCACAUUCAAAGAAGAUAAAAAUACAACCGCCGCAUUGUUAAGGGCAAAUAUAUUUCCUCCAUUCAAAAAUCUGCAUAAACAUGUAACAGAUAAUGAGAAAAAUGGAGACGAGGUAGGAACUUAUCCAAGUCCGAUAACGAAAGCAGGAAUUACGACUACAAAACGUUUAUCCCGCUGUAACGAUGUCACAGGAAGUACCUUAGAAACUCUUUGCAAGAAUAACGUGCCUUAUCAUUCCGAUGUGGAUUGUGAAAAAAGCUUAAUUUCAAAACUAUUUUUUAUCAUUGACAAUUGCGUGACCGCCUUUAUCAAUAAAAUAAUUGCAAUCAACGGAAAAUUGUUAUAUGCGUUUCGUAGCGCGAUAUUCCGUAAAAAUUUAAAUAUUGAUGUCCUUAGAAGAGACGUUCCGAUAGGCGAUCAUCCUGAAAUGAUCUCGAAAGAUUACAAUUCAUUCCCUAUAAGCGCCUCGCGUUAUUCUUCUGGCUUGAAUUAUAAAACUUCCAAAAUAAGCAAACAUAAUUUUCGCGAUACAAACUUAUUGCGGAUUUCUGCGAAAGAAGAAUAUAAUGGAAUGCAUAACAUAAAACAUUCGAUAAUUGAAGACAAAAAAACCGACACAAGAUAUUUAUUGAUCGAUACAUCGAGUCACAAUCGUGACCUAAUACUGACGCGUGAUUUGGGUCGACCUUACAAAGUGCAGAAGAGUCUCUUGAUACGUAGUCGAUUGAAAAAUUCUCUAAAUUCGCAGGAUUAUCCGCGUCCUUUUUCUCUUUUGAAACGUACUGAGGAAAAUGUACUUGAAUCUCGUAAAACAAAACGUAACGAGAACGUAGGAAUGAUGAAAAAAAACGGAAUACGCGAAUUGAAGAAUAGCGAAAAAUUCUGGACAUUAUCGGAAAUUGUAAAAAUAAAUGAAAUUAACGACAAAAUAUCAGAAAUCAGGGAAUACGACAAUGUGUCCAAAGAACAAAUUUUAAACAAAUAUUUGCAUAAUAUUAAAAACAACAAUGAAUCUACCGUGCAAGAGCAUGCAGUCGUCGAUAACACUACAGUCAGUAAUGAACGCGUAAUAAACGUUCAUGAUUAUCUCGGAUUGCAAACUGAAAUAAAUACGAGUAUAUGCAAAAGCCAUAGCUCAUGUUUAUUGAUAUCUAGUAACUGAUAGAUUUAGGAAUACGUGAUAUUAGUAAAUAAUAAGGAAUUGUAAAGUGAUCUAUUCUCUCGUCGCAAUAGCUGUCUAAUGAGAAUCUUUAGAAUUGAGACAUAACAGUACGACGAUAAAUAUAUUUCAAUGCUUUUCCAAAAUCAUUCAUUCCAGACUCUACAAAAGAGUUGCAAGAAUGGAAAAGGUAUUUGUCACAUGUCCUGUACACUCGCAUCGAAUCAGCAGCCCACCAUACCGUUAUAACGUGAACACAUAUCAAGUACGGUUUAAUUCCCUUGCGUGAUUUUGCGAUCUCUCUCUAAUUUAUUAAUAUAUAUAUUAUAAAUUUCUUACAUUUUAAUCGAUUGAUUAUCAGUAGAAAAUAAACAGACACAUUGGUUGUUAUAAGAAAACUAAUAUCGCAACAACGAAAUCCCGUGUACAUAUCAAAAUACACAAGUAACAAUGUCACGCUUGACAUUGUUUUAUAUAUAUAUAUAUAUAAAUAUAAUGCUCUCUUCAACGAAUAACAAGAUGUUUUAUCUUGGAUUUGAAAAUGUCAGAGACAAAAUGGAGAUGAAAUUGGCAUUUUACAAGAAUAAUAUGAAAUUUAUAAUUGGAAGAACUCAUGUGUAUAUUCGCAGAUUGUAAAUACAUAAAAAUAUCAAGCUCCGCAAUGAAAAAGCAAUUCAAAGUAUCAGUUAGAGCCAUAUUAAUAUAUUAUUAAUAAAUGUACCUCACGUACAUAUUGUAAUAUCAAAGUUACAAACGGACCAUGCUUAAGAUAAAUACGUUCUAAAUUUCUUACAGAACUAUGUCUAACCGCAGACUGAAGAGACACUUGUGGAAGAGAAAGAUCGAACCUAUUGUUGUGAAAUAUUUUAUCAGUCAAGACAAUCUCCGCUUCUAUCAUGAAAAAUUUCGUUUCAAGGAACUGAGUAACCACGUCACUUUCCGAAGUUUAAUAAAUUAUCGCAUAAUACAGUGUCGAUUUAAUACAUAGUAUUUCACGACUGUUAUAUAGAUAUAUAUUAAAUAUCUUGCUUUUUAAUUAAUGAAAAAAA